AUCGUGCUACAAAAGAUAUUUUGUAAAUUUUCUACUCAAAGGAUUAUAUUUCUUGUUAAUAAGAAAAAAACAUCACCGAAAAACAUUGCAUUUAAAUGAACUGAAAGAAAACGAAAAUUGUUUUCAGAUUUUCAAUUGUGUUUAAAAAUAAAUAGAAAUAAAUACCUUGCACUACUCAGAAAACCUCAUCAAAUUUGACAAAUACAAAUUCAGGCUACUUGCAGUAGAACGAUUGCAACCAGAAUUGUCUGAACCAACCAAACAGCCUCAUAAAUAAAAACUUUUUUAACGAAAAGAAACGCAACGAUGACAGCAAAAACGAAGCCGGAAUGUAAUGAGAAGGUGAAGGAGACUAUUAGCGAAAAGACUUUCAAAGAUAUACUCACCGAACAGUUAGAACGCAUCGGAACGGGUGGCGCUUAUGUUUGGACUCUAUUCUUUUUAUGCGUCUUACCAAAUAUCCUUAAUGGUUUUCAUGUCUCCUCAUAUACGCUGCUGGGCCAUUUGCCUGAAGAUCAGUGGUGCGUUGUGUCCGAUCUUCAGUCCACCAAUUGGUCCGUUGGCGAACAGCGGCACAUAUCACAACAUAAUCUCGACACGCGUGGCUGUACAAUAUGGCAUUACGAUUACGAGCAGCUGAGUACGAUGACCUACGAAGAUGCGCUCAACUAUGUUGAAAACCAAGCUGAGACCGGCUCACCAGCGGAGAUUCCGUGCCUUUCACGUGGCGUAUACGCUUACUCGGAUGCCGACACCACAUUCGUGGCCGAUUGGGAUCUGGUGUGCGAUCGUGCUAUACAGCGCACCUCAGCACAGGUGGCCAUAUCGUUGGGCAAAUUUUUUGGUUCCUUCUCUUUUGGCGUUUUUGCGGAUAAAUUUGGACGUAAAACUUCCUUCACAUUGGGUGCUAUCUUUUUCAUAGCGUCCAGCCUUUUAUGCACAUUCUCACCCUGGUAUUGGCUUUUCUUAGCGGGUCGUUUCGGUUUGGGUGCCGCAUCGUCGGGUCUUUUCUAUCCGGCUUUCACAAUGAUCGUGGAAAAUAUCUGCUUGCGCCACCGUUCCUGGAUGUCAAUCGCUUUUUCGGGCUCUUAUCCGGUUGGUAUGAUCUUGAUGGCCAUUGCUGGAUAUUUCGUGCCUCAAUGGCGUUAUCUACAGCUGACUCUCACAGUACCAUCAGUUUUGUUGAUACUCAAUUGCUUUUUAAUGAAUGAAUCGCCACGUUGGCUUAUAACGAAGAAACGCUACAAUGACGCCUACCGAAUCUUAUUCAAGCAGAAAUGUCACUACGAAAUUCAGAAGGAAUCCAUUGAAGCCAUCACCGAUAAGCAAGCCGAAGCUUUACCUGAAGAGAAACUUUCACUUUGGACUAAACUGAAGGAGGGUCCGCUUAAACAAUUUAGUGAGCUUUUUGGCACGUGGAAACUGCGCCGCCUCAUUUUCACCUCUUACUUUAUGUUCUGUGUAACCUCGCUCAGUUACUAUGUAACGGCACUAAAUGCCGCCAAUUUAUCGGUGAGCCGAUAUCUCUAUGUUGCCAUUACCGGCAUGGUGGAUCUACCCUCAUAUCUGGUGCCCAUGAUAAUGCUGCGUUUCUUCGGACGUCGUACAACUACAGCGUCACUAUUUAUGCUGACGGGAGUGCCAUUGCUUUUGGUGCUCGUUGUGCCCACAGGGGAAAUCAUUUGGAUCAUUUCAUUUGCGAUGUUGGGUCGUUUCGGUAUUAGUGCCACAUAUUCCAUAGUCACCCUCUACACCGCCGAACUGUAUCCCACCGAAGUACGCAACUCGGCAUUGGGCACUUGUUCGACAUGGGCACAUGUGGGCUCCAUUUCAGCGCCUUAUGUAGUGGAUGUGCUGGGGUUGCUCGGCUGGUAUAUUCCAACAACAAUUUGCGGAUGUUCUGUUUUAGUAGCUGGUCUGCUUACGCUCACUCUGCCCGAGACGGGCACUCAUAAGUUGUCGGAUCGCGUUGAGGAAGUUCCCUCCGCAUCGGAAUCGGACCCGAGUUCCGAUUCAGAAACUGAAGACAACACAACUUCGAAUGUGGCCAAGGCGAAAGAAAUUGAAAGCAGUGAUAAAAUUUAGUUUUUAAUUGUUAUUAUAUUACAUUAUUUUUUGAAAAUUGUAAUAGUUUUGCAAAAGUUCCAUUGAUUAUCAUUUAAGUGAGUUUAUAAGGAAAGCAAAAACCGAAUGCAUCAUGGCUCGUGUUGUGAUCAAAGGUGUUGAAUAGUAUUAGAAUUUUAAAUACAAAUGUAUGAAUUAUACAAGCAGAUAAGUUUGCGAAAAAAAAUAAUAAAAAAUCACUAACUUGUUCGUACAUAAAUAUAAA